AUGUCGGAGACGCCCGCGCGCCCUGCGCAGCCGCGCCGGCCCCGGGGAAAUCGGCUGCAGGUCGUCGUGCGCAAGAGGCCGCUCAGCGGCCGCGAGGCCGAGCGGGGCCGGCGCGACGUGCUCGACAUGCAGGCGGACGCCGAGGGGGCGUGGGUGAUCGUGCACGAGCCCAAGACCAAGGUGGACCUGACCGCGUACAUCGAGACGCACAAUUUCCGCUUCGACGGUGCCUUUGGCGAGGCCACCACCAACCGCACGCUGUACGCCGGCUCCGUGGCGCCGCUCGUCUCCCACCUCUUCGCCGGGCGCAUCGCCACUUGCUUCGCCUACGGGGCCACCGGCGCGGGCAAGACGCACACCAUGCUCGGCUCGCCGCAGGAGCACGGCAUCUACUCCCUCGCCGCCAACUCCAUCUUUGAACGGAUGGAGGCGUCGAAUGGCGCCGGCGGCGAGGGUCUGGUGCUGCGGGUCUCCGCGUUUGAAAUCUACGGCGGCAAGGCGGGCACCACACCAGAGAUGCAGCCGAGAUGGCCCACCGCCCGAGACUGCGGACGAGUCCCCUCUGGCGGGCAUCGCACGCACGCCAGGAAGCUGUGCCCGGUGCGCGAGGACUCCAAGAAGCGAGUCCACGUCGUCGGCCUCACGCAGCGCCACUGCCACGACAUCGACCACUACGCCUCCCUGCUCGCCGCGUCGCACGACGCGCGGCAGACCGCGGCCACGAUGGCCAACGGCGUCUCGUCGCGCUCGCACGCCGUCCUGCAGCUCGCGCUCUGCAGGAGGGCGGCGGCGCGGCCCGCGGCGCGCGGGAGGCGCCCCCCCGCCGGGAGGGAGGAGGAGGAGGAGUUUUGCGAGGCGCGCCGGCAGCGCCACUGGCCGCCGACGUCGCCAGAGGAGGAGGAGUCGUUUGCCUCCUCCCGCGAGCGCGAUUCGCCGGAGGCGUCUGAGCCGCCGCCGCCGCCGCCGCCCGACAAGGCGGCCAGGGAGGAGGCCCGCGCCGGAGACGAGGUGCCGCCGUUGCCUCCCUCGGACUCCGCGCCUCCUCCGCCGUCGCCGCUGGCGGAUCCAGAGGAGCGGUUUUCGCGUCGCAGCCACCGCACGCCCCGCGCGCCGCCGCACGAGGUCGGGGGCGGCAAGGAGAACACGGGCGUGGCGCGCGAGGCGGCGUCCACCAAGGCCGACAAGCCGGCGCUCCUCUCGCCGGUCGUGGACUCGCCCGCGUGCGCCGCCCAGCAGGCGCAGUGCGCGGACAGCUCGCCGCUCGUGCAAGAGGUGGCGGGCACAGCGCCCGCGCCGCAGGUGGCGUCGCCACAGUCGCUGCGCCAGCUCCUCGAGGCGCACCGCCACUACAUAGCGGAGGCGGUGUCGGCGCUGGACAUGCACACGACGCUGAUGUCGGAGGCGGAGGUCGACCCCGAGCCGUCCAACUACAUCGGUGCCACACUCGCCCUCGUCAAGUCGGAGACGGCAAACUUGGGCAAGCUGGAGGCCAAGCUGCUGGCCUUCGCACCGCGCUAG